UUACGUUAUCGACGCUCCUCUUCAACGGUCCAUUUCUUAGUUAGACAAUCACUUCACAGUCAUUACUCUGCAUCUCAGUCGGAAGCGUACGGCCUCCGCACUCUCUUCUUCUUCUUCUUCUUCAGAGCCUUCCAUCAACAUCAGCGCCAGCGUCCUCUGCCCUUCUGAGUGGUUCGUUGCGACCUUGCAAACCCUAGAUCCUUACCAGGCAAAGAGAAAACGCAGCGCAGAGCACGAAGAAGGCUUCUCGUCUCGUUGAUGAAAACGUAGAGGUGAGGAGUUUAGAAGACACGACUUUCUUGACUAUUGGCAUAGGGGCACUGGUAUCGUUUGUAAAAACAGAGUUCGUCACGUGGUCAUGAUGCAUGGUCGAAAGGUGUUAUUUUUGGUUCACAACAGAGGAGGAUGCAGAGGAGGAUUUUAUUUCUGAAAUUCGGUGAUGAAUUGGAGGUUGGAAUUGAACCAUAGCGUAUUGCCCACUAGAAUUGAGAUGGAUUGACACAGACGUGGGACCUGGUCGUUUCUUGAGUUAAUUUCUCAAUGUGAAAAGAUUCCUACCAUCCUGUUUCUUUCAAGCAAAAUACGGUAAUUCGUGAUAGGGUCGACAUUGUUGAGGGUAGUUUGGUGACCACUAGUCACUCAGUUACUGCUAUUAAAAAAUUGUUAGACCUUCAAACAAAGAUGGGAAAGCAGAAGAUCUGCAAAGGCAAUUCUAGUUGCUUUUCGCUGAGGAUUCCAACAUGUGUACGACCUAGUUCUCACGUGAAGUACAUUUUUGGCAUUGUUGUAGUCCUAAUAAGAGCCCUAAAACAGAGCUUAGGACCCGAUGGCUGGAAAGCACACAGUUAACACCAGCAAAGGACCCGCUGUGGAUUCUUCUACCCCUCAAAUUUUGUCUCCAAAGUCAACCACCAACCGAUUGUUGUUGAUGGAAGAUUCGCUAGGUGAAGUUCGAUCAAAUGUCCAACAUAUCCAUUCAUUAUUAGAAAAUCUUGGCAGACAACUCGAACUCAUUUUUGAUGAACAAGAACGGCUGCAGACGGACCUACAACAUACCGACGAAGCAAAUCGACCAAGAAACCAACCUAGACCACCCAAACCUCCAAGAAAUCAUGAUGGACGUAACCGAAGAAAUCAAGAACUUCAAGAAAGAAGUCAAGAUUCUGAUACUUCGGAUGGUGAUGAAGGUUUUCUUCAGCAACACCCUCGAUUUGCGAGGGAAGAACACUAUGUUGAAAGAGGAGGCGUCCGUACUGACUUCAAAAUGAAGAUCGACCUCCCCACAUUCAACGGGAAGAUGGAUGUCGAAACUUUUCUGGACCGGGUAAAAAAUGUUGAAAAUUUUUUCGAUUAUACAAAUACUCCAGAGGAUAAGAAAGUCAAGCUCGUGGCAUUCAAAAUACAAUCCGGCGCAUCUGCUUGGUGGGAUCAGCUUGAGAUCAACUGCCGACGUUUGGGUAAACAGCCUAUUCGUAGUUGGCCAAGAAUGCUCCGCCUUAUGCGUGAGCGUUUCUUGCCUCCUAACUUCGAACAACUGUUGUAUCAACCAUACCAACGAUGUCGGCAAGGUUUCAAGACCAUCGCUGAUUAUACUGAAGCUUUUCAUCGUCUUGGUGCCAAAACUAAUAUAGCCGAAACAGAGGAUUACAAGAUUGCGAGGUUUGUUGACGGACUACGAGAAGACAUUCAAGACCAAAUGGAUAUUCAACCCAUCCAUCUUCUUACAGACGCAAUCGUUAUGGCAACUAAGAUUGAGGACAAGAAACGCCUCCGCACGCCUGCUCGCCGUACCCCUUGGGACAAACCUUCUAUCUCAAAGACAGCUACAACAGAUACGGGUAAACCACUUCAAAUUGGGACCACAUCUGCCUCCACCACAAAACCACCAGACGAUCCAGCUAAGUCUUCUCCUUUUAAAACUCCUGAUACCUCAUCUAAACGUGGCACUAAUCCCUAUAUUCGCCCUACAUUGGGCAAAUGUUUUAGGUGUGGACAGGUCGACCAUUUGUCCAACGAAUGCCCCCAGCGACGUGCUUUGGCUUUGGUAGAUCAGGACGAUCUUUUGGAGACUGAUAUUGACCUUCCAACAGAAGAUGAUCCCACUUAUGUCGAACCCGACGAGGGUGAUCUUCUUAGCUGUGUUGUCCAGAAAGUUCUCACACCGAAAGUGGAAGUGCAGCCCCAAAGAAACUCCCUUUUCCGUACUUGUUUCACAAUCAAUGGCAAGCUGUUGAUAGGAAAGGGAGACGAUGUGGAAGGCGAUGGUGCAACAAGCGGUUCAAUUGGUUACGAGGACCCACCCGAGAUUGUUGCCAAAGCAUUGCUUUGCUUCAAUGACAAAUAUAUUUACAGGGCGUGUGAAGAAUCGUGUAGAUUAAAGGAGAGUGGGAAUGUGGAGGUCCCAGUGGAGAAAACGGACGAAUUCUGCAAUGGGCCGUGUUUGGGUGAAACGCAUUUAGUGCUUGAUUGCAUUAAUGCCAUUUUUACCAAUUUCUUGUUUUACAAUAGGGCCACUUUGCAGGAUGUUAGGGACACCAUCCAGGCUGGAUGUGCCUAUGGCCCACAAAGAGGAAACUUCGAUGUUACAAAGCAUAUAAGGGCUGAAAGAGGCAAAGCUUGCAGGGCUUCCAACAACGCAGUUCUUGGAUUCAGCUUCAUAAUUUUAGGCUUUUUUUGUUCAUUGCUUUGAAAACCUAUCAUCAAUUUCUCAUUCUCUUACCUUGGCUUGUAUCAGUCAGACAUAAUGUAUGAAACGAAAUAUCAAGUUACGUGCAUGUUUAGUGUGAUCAUGUAUUUUACAAAGUAUAUUUUAAUAAUU